UAACGACAUUUAGUAACACUCAGGCACUAUUACCGUACCCGGAAAUAGCUUUUCAUAGUAAUUCCACAUACUUUUUAACAUUCCGAGAAGGUGUUAAUUUAGAACAAGGAGAAACGACGUAUACAAUAACAGCCUUGAAUCCUUGACUCACUACAAGAUGUCGGAUGGCACUGAUGGUUCUGGGCCUACUGGAGGGAGUGAACAACGGUCUCAGCUAACAAGAGAAGAGUUUGAACGACAGACGUACCCUGAAAAUUUUCAGUUUGUAGGGAGAGCCUUAAUAGUAAACAAUCACAUAUUCAAAGGUGAACAGACAAACAAUAAAGGUGAAUUCCGUAAAGGCUCUGAGAUUGAUGUACAAAAAAUUGAGGCACUGCUUAGCAAGCUAGGAUUUACCAAGGAGAACAUUAAAAAAGGUGAAAACCUGACAAAAGAUGAACUGAAAGAGGAAAUAAAAAAAGCUGCGAAGAAAGACUACAGUGAUUUUGGCUGUUUUCUUUGUGUAAUAAUGUCAUUUGGGGAGCCUGGAAUUAUCAUCUGCCCUGGUAAAGAUGGCCAGCCUGAUGAACGCUGUGAACUGAAAGACAUCCAAGCGCCAUUCACAGGAGACAAAUGCAAGAGUUUGGCUACCAAACCAAAGAUCUAUUUCAUCAUGGGCAACGACAAUUAUGUGAAAAAAGAUGUGUCAGAGGGUGGUGCAGGAUCGCUACCACUUGUGAAACUGGAAACCAAAAAAAUACCACGAGAGUGUAACUUUGUCACUCAAUAUUCUUCUGAAACUGAUCAAGGAUUCUGGAGUCGGGGAGAAGCUUCUCCAUACAUCGCAGCUGUCAUUGAGGCAUUUGAGACCCAUGUUUUGAAAGAAAACAUGGACAUUCUGAAGCUGUUGACCAGAAUCAACGGAAUAAUGGCCAAAGAGGAUUCCCUAAUUCCAUUAGUGACAUCACUGUUAACAAAACGCUUUCACUUCCGACCGAAAGUACCGGUUUCUUGAAUGAGUCUGCACGUCAGCGCUGUCAGCUGGAUCAUACCACAGGGGUUGUACAAAUCUGGAAAAGGGCUUUAAUACAUGAUGAAUUUUGUGAAAUAUUAAUUUCAGUUAUUAAGAAAUGUUGGAAAGCAAUUCAACAUAGUUUUUUCCUUGUAGAAAAGAUAACUAUUAGAUGUGAUGUUGCCUAAUGGAUUCAACCCAUCACUUCAUGAAGGGAAAUAUUGAAUUAUUUUGUGGUCUCCACCCAUAUUUCACUGCUUAAUAUAUCUAAUUGUAACAUUAAUAGCUUUUUGCUAUUAUAUAUACUUGUACUCUUAUUGAGACAACAAGACUGAAUUAAAGACUUGCUUGUUUCCCUUCAAUACUGCUUUUACUAUGCAACGAAAUUUAGAAUAUGCAUGGUAGUAUAUAUGUUAUUUUAGAAGUUGAAAUAUUGCAUCAAAUUACAGUUAGUCUACCUGUAAAUCAAACUUCCAUAAAUCAAACAUCGAAGAUUCAAGUUUCUCGAUGUGUCAAACUUCGGGCAAAGUCCAUUUUCUUCCCAUAUAUAACACUACUGAUAUUCCAUUAAUGAAUCAAACUUUUGUAAGACACAUUUCUCACUGUUUCGAACUUAAAUCAAAGGUCCAAUCAUAAGAAAAACUUUGAAAAUUUAAAUAAAUCAAAGUGAAACAGUUACUUUUACAAGAGCAUUGAAAUGUCCCAGGGCCAUUUAAAUACCUAAGCAUGCAAUCUACCGUGUAUAAAUAAAUGAGAAAUAUUUUUUCUAGUUACAUGAAAUUUGGUAUAAGUAGAUUUCAAGUUAAAUUUCUUGUCCUAUGUUCUGUCACAUAGGAUUUACAUUCGGUCUUAUGCAGCACAUACAGGAUCGCAAUAAUGUUUUGAAUUUUUCCUGGUGGGGAGUCCCGCAAAGUUCGAAAUAUCAAAGUUUAAGUAGAUGAUAAUAUCUCAUCGAUAAUCUGAUAUGUUUUCUGGAAUACAUAUGUGUAAGUUUUUGUUUAUGUACAUCAAAUGAAUCUUGUAAGGAAAGAUUUUACAUUAAUCAUCUUGGUCAUUAUAUCAUACAGUUGGACCAAAUAACUAAUGUUCCUAACACUAUUAAAAACAUCUGCUUUACAAGCAUUUGUUUGACUGAGAUUUGUCAUAUGAUAAAACCACUACCUGGUAAUUUCUUUUUUUUUCAAUAAAAAUCACAUAUCAUGAAUGCAUAUAUUUCAGUGCAAACUUUUUUGUAUGAAAAGUGCUACAAAAUAUUUUUAUUUUAGUGUGCUCUUGUGCUUCUAUCCAUAAUGACAUACGUAGGCUUGCAAUUAUGUGAAAACACCUUUUUUUAAUUUACCUAGCUGAGGGCUUUCUGUGCAUUUUAUGUUAUAAAAUAUAUAAUCAUUAGAUAAAAAAAAAUCAGCUUGAGUAUUUUUCACGUCAUUCAUGAAUGUAUGAACAUCUAACUUUUGCAGCAAACAUAUACACUUCCGUACAAAUAAAUAAAUUGCCUUUAUACAUAUAAGAGCUUGCUGCAUUUAAUAUUCGUUCCAUUUCUAAGGGAAUAACAGUAGAUUGUCAAUAUACGACUGGAUUUUAAUAUUACAUAGAAAAUAUAUAUACACUAUAUGGAAUUUGAUAUAAAAAAAAAACUUUAUUUAGUACAUCAUAGAGAAUAUGUUUGAAGGAAACUGUGUUGUAUACAGUGUGCCGCCGUCAAUGUUAAACACAUGUAUCUGAUGUCCUUUAUGUGUAUUUACAUUCAACAACAAGGAAGAUUCAAUUUUCUUUUUUCUGGGUGGGUUCUUUUGGAGCAUAGAACGUAUCAAACAAGCCAUUUCACAUAAUGGUAGAACAGCAGUUUUUUCAUAAACAUGAAGAUAUAGUUAUACAUCCCUCUAAGGUAAAAUUAUAGGUUGAAACAGAGACGUAUAUAUUGAUUUAUUGAGAGAAAAAAAUCAUUAAACCACAAUUUUACUGGUAUGUACAUUAUGAGAAAUAACAAAGAAAAUUUUUUUCCUGAUACAAAUAUGUAAUGUUUCAAAGUCAACAUUCUUUUUCUUUUUUUUACACUGACUUUUCCAUGAAGUGUGUUUUAUGUCUAAUUUGCAAUUAACUGUUGGCAGUCAUAUUGACUGUGGAUGCCAACUUGCGGUUGUUCUAUGUUUUUGCUACAGAAGUCAUUAUAUUUUUAAUGCCUCCACCAGGAGUCGAACCAGGGACCUCUGGCUUACUAGUCUUAUGCUUUACUGAAUGAGCUAAACAGAAAUUCUCCCUAGCCAAGUCGGUUGGAAGCGGCUUGUAUUUUGCAAGGGUGACACUUUUACAGUGCCAAAUACAGUUCAGCAGAAAAGUGAUUUCAUUGUCCUGCAAUAAGCCCACCUGCUUGCUGAGAAAAAACACUGACCUUUUGUCCUAUGGCUAGUACCUGGCGACUGCCCAACAUAGGUCUCGAACCUGCGACCCAAUGAUGGAGUGCUAGCUGUAGCAGAAUGUCAGACGACUUGACCACUUGGCCACCGCGGCCCCCUUAUAUGGUGGUAUUGUCUUACAGUGACAAAAAGUUUAUGAAAGUGGUUGAGAAAUUUAAAAAAAAUAAAAAUAAUAAAAACAUGUUAAUCAUAAAUAUAUUCAUCAAUAAUUGUUACCAUGCAAAUGGAGGUAUUUGUUGAAACAUCUAUUGACUGGUUUUGCUGAAUCUAGAAAUUUCAUAAAUUUGUUAGCAUGUUUGCUCCUGUCCAUCAUCAUAUUGUGGUUAAUUGUAUAAAAAGGAAUUGUUUACCAAAAUUAAGAGUUUAUUUAUUGUUAUAGUAUUGUAUAUUUUUGUAAGACUGUAAAGCAUGGAUUUUGAAGCAUGAUGAAUUUUACAUCUACUGUUCUACUGAUAUUUUGUUUUUUUAUUAGUAGUUAAGUUUUCACCAAGUGCUUGAAUGGAAACAGUAUAUAUGAUGGUAUAAUACAAUGAAGUAUGGAUUUACCAGAGUAAUCACAGACACUAAAAACUAACAGAUUAAGAAAUAUUCAGUUCAUUGUUCAAAAACUUACUAUGCCUCUUUGUACAUAUACAUGUAUAAGCAUUUUAAUGUCAUACAUAUUUAUUAGAAUAUAUAUAAGGCCCCUAAAAAAUAUGCAUGAUUUUAGGUAACAUGACUGAAAAAAAAAAAAAUGAGGGUGGGGGGCUUAUUAAAGAAAUUACAAAAUCACCAAA